GCAGCAGAAUUCAGCACGACGAUGUUACAAUCAGCAAUGCAGCAAUCAGCAAAGAUAUCAAAACUUGGCUUUAGCAGCAGACAUUUAUCUGGGCUUGAAUCAAAUACAACAACACAACAAAUCAAAAAUGUUCCUGAAAAGAAGGUAGAUUGUGAAAGUGAAAGCACAAUAAGCAUUGGCAUAAUUAAUGCAAGUUCGGCUAAUAAAAAUGAAUCUCAUAUUGACUCAGGAAAUGGCUUUUAUCCAAAAGUUAGUCUAAACUUGAAAAAUGAAUCUGGUGGCACCAGUGAUUCCAAGAGUACAGAAAUAACUAUGAAAUUAGGCACAAAUUCAAAUAACGAAAGUGAAACAAACAAAAAUGAAAGUAAAAGUGCAAAGUGGACACUGACUCUUGAACAAUUGGCUGAAUGUUUAAGCCAUGGUGCUGUGGAUGGAAUGAGGCAGGCAGCAGCAGUAGUUGAUCAUCAGAUGAAGAUUCUGUUCAUGAAAGGAGCAGAGGCAGGAAGCAUUCAGCUAGACCAGGUUCAUACUUGUGCACUGGAAGGACCUCUUGCUUCUAAUUCAUGUGUAGUUGAAGGACUGGUUGUCAUGGCAACAACUGAUAGCAUGCCACUUGUGGUUGAAACCCAACAAGAAGGAAAGAGAACACUGCUUAUCCAGGGAGAUGUGACACCCUCCUACAGACAGCGUGGCUUCAAGGAGUCUGUGAUAGCAAAGUCUGUACUGUCUACACAGGAAUAUAUGACAUCAGGGGAGAAAGAUGAUAACUGGCUGAGAGAAGUUAAGGAUUUACUUACUCAGCUUGGUAUUCAGCUGUUACUGGUCCAGGGAGCUGUAUCUGAGUCCGUACAGAACUGGUGUGGCACACAUGACAUCAUAGUCCUGAGUCAUGUCCCAUAUAGGGUGCUUGCGGCCAUCAUGUCCAGUGCUGAGGUGGACCAACUGACCCAUCUGCUGCUGGGAACACAGGAUCAUGUGGUACAUGGUGUCACAGUUGCUCCAUGGUCAGAAGACUGGUUAUACAGAGUGACCACUGGUCUGGUUGAACAGCAUGUGGUGGUCAAACACAGUGGACUCAGCCAGACUGCCAUACUGUGUCACCCAGCAGGCUCUGUGGUCCACCUGGCUGAGGAACAGUUCUGGCACUGUCUCCGCAGGCUGGCCUCUGUUGUACAGAGUGGGUUAGUGUUACCAGGAGGAGGGGAGACAGAGGCUUGGUGUAUGCAGCACCUCACACAGCUAGCAGAUAAGGAAAGAUCAAAUGAACAGGAAUAUUCAGGUGAUGAUGUAUACAUCCCUGCAGUGUAUCAAUCCUUGGCCAAAUCCUUUCUCAGGUUUAAGGACAUCGUUUCAAGGAACAGUUUUCCAACUCUGUGUGAUCCUACAGCUGGUGAUAUCACAGAAAGUGAUGCAUCAUUUUCUAAGUUCAGGCAAACUAUUGGUUCACAGUGUUAUGUCACAGCAUCAGAUAUUGAAGACAAAACCAAAAACAGUGAUAUCACAGAAAACAGUGAUGUCACAGCCUCUGACAGGGAUAUCACAACAAUCAGUGAUGUCACAACCACACACAGUGAUGUCACAGGAAAAAGUGAUGUCACAAAUAACAGUGAUGUCACAUUGAAAUUACCAGUAUUGGAUGACUGUCAAAGCAAAGUAGAAGCAUGGAGGACAGCAUUAAGAACUGUGUGUUUGCUUCUACAGACUGAUACAUACGUGAUGACAGGGAUAGACCCCUGUGAUGGGAAGGUACUGGCAGAGUUUAGUGGAAUAUUGUGA